GCCUUGCUCACUUUCUAGUCAAAAUGCGACAUUGACUUACCUUCUGCUUCGAUGCCCCACCGUACGCUCGGCAGUACGGGGUGGGCUCAACGAUAGACAUGUGAAGAUUGUCUGCCCAAACUGCGCGCUGAGGACAUCUGCUAUUACGGACGAAUUUAAACGAAAAUUAAUCAACGAGAAGGAUCUGAUGGUUGUACGAGCCUUGGAAGCACUCAGAGAUGGCGUGCGGGCCACCUUGCUGAAAGCAGCGGAUGAAGUGGGUGAUACAAACAGACUCAGGAUAGCUGUGAGGGCAGGCCUUUUGCGGUUGGCCGCGGGGAGGCAUGGUACCAACUUACAGGCAAGAUAUGCUUAAAGAUUUAUACUCAAUUCCUGUUAUAGUGACCAUACUGUGCAUUUAUUUGAUAUAUUUACACACACACACAUACACACACACACACACACAUAUAUAUAUAUAAUAUCAUAUAUAACAUACAUACAUA